AUGAAGGCACUUGCCAACAAACACAGCGUUAAAAAUCGACAUUUGCCUUGUCCGUACAGAAGACAACAAUUGGAAUCAAAUAAUCCAGAUAAACUGAACAAGCCUGGUCUCUUUGGUUACAACCAAGCAUGCGCUCUUUUGCAAGCUAUCGAAUUAAAUGGACGUAAAAGACUUAGUAAGAAAUGUCUUGCCUGUUUAGCUGUAUUCGUUUCCCAAGCUUGGGAAGAUAAACCCUGCCAAGAAAAGAUCCAGCAAUUAUACUACAUGAUGAACAACCUACUAGACACCACAGGGAUGGAUAAGAACGAACCUUUUGAAGUGUCGCUACAAAAGUUUUGUCAGAGUCCAGUAUCAACACCCAUUAUUUGUCCUAGCUUAACAUUAUUAAUAGCUAUUAGCUAUGUGGAAAGAUUGAAUAAGCGCUAUCGAGAUUUGAAGGGAACUCCUGGAUGUGGAUCUCGAAUGAUAAUGGUUGCAUUCAUCAUGGCUUCCAAGUACAUUCACGAUAGUUUGAGAUUGAUCAUAUAUACCAACAUCAGAAAACAUGCAUCAAUCAUCACUGCUCCCAUCACUCCACCUACUUCACCCAAAAUACCAAUUACAGCUUCUAUUAUCGAAAACAUCACCACUGCCCUUAAUGUCAACAACAACACUCCUCCUCCUUCGUCAUUGAGUAGUGACGAUAAUAACUCUCAAAAAGUUCCCAUAACUACCGCAACCUCAAGCACCAUCUCAACAACAGCAGCCGAUAACGCCACGGCAUCCGAUGAUACCAUAACUACCCAAAAAAACGAAUCUGUUCCAGCUGCAACAAAUCCCAUCCCUCAAGUGUCUGAUAAAGAUCGUAAUUUGCGCAUUGCUCGUAUGGAGCAAGAGUUUCUGUUCUUUCUGAAUUACGACUUAUCCGUGCAAGAUCCCUCCCUCUUAGUCAAGUGGGCUCAAAGUUACGAAUCACCUGAAGAGAAUAAGCCGGAAUCUGAUGAAACUUACACUUCAGCAGAUGAAGGCGAUGAUGAGAUGGACGAUGAUGAAGAAAGAUGA